AUGGCCACCACAGCCGCCGCGGCUGCCGCUGUCCCAGACGCAAUUCCCGCCGCGGCCGCCUCCGCUGUCACAGAUGCUAUUCCAGCCGCCGCCACUGUCCCAGACGCUGCGCCCGUGCCUCCGUCCGCGCAACCGCAUCCUUAUGCAGACAAAUGUAUGAAUUAUAAAAGCCAUUUGCAAGCGUGGACUCAAAGGAAUAAUCAGAACUUGCCAGAUUAUUAUACUGAGUCGAAACGUGACCAUAAUCGACUUAAGUUCAGAAGCACCGUUAAGGUGGGUGGCGAGCGGUUUCGAUCAGCUCGCAAUCAUAGCCGCCGCAAGGAUGCAGAGCAGGAUGCUGCCAGAGUAGCCUAUGAGAUCUUGGUGACAAAGACAGUAAAUGAUGAUGAUCAUACCGACGUGCUUGGGCUCAUUGAUCAGGGCGUGGUGUUCUGCAAAUCAAUUCUCCAUGAAUUUGCUGUUAAGACAAAAGCUGAUCAGCCCACUUACUCCGCAGAUCAUCUAGAAGGGGUAUCACCCAUAACCCUGUUUGUUUCAUCUGUAUUGUUUGCUGGGAACACUUAUACUGGUGAACCUGCAGUAAGUAAGAAGGAGGCAGAGCAGAAGGCUGCUCGUGUUGCAGUCAAAUCUAUUUUAGGUAACUUAUAUUUCAUUGUUCAUGAUUAG